AGGGGUAGGUUUUGUCCCCAACACUUUUUAAGAAUAUAAUCUGUCAAAAGAAUGUUCUGAAAAAGAUCUUUGACAAAGAAUUUUUAAUUAACAAAUGAAAACGGCUGACUGGUUCUUUCUAUAGUCGUGUUUUAUGCUUAGUAGUUUAGGAUUGUUGGCUCUGUAACACUCCAGGCUAUUCCACUUUGAUGCAUCGUUAUAUGUUUUUUCUUGCCGUAACGAUCCGCUCCGACCUUGUACUGAUCUCCUCGUUACUCCUCGACGAAAAAGUAUAUGCUGAAGAGAAGUAUUUUUACCUUUUUUAGCAGAAAAUGUUACCUCAAAAUUUUGCUAGAGUACAGUUGCGUAAAUGUUCUUAGUUAGUUGGCACCAAUGGAUUACAGAGCAUGUAGGGAGGCAGAGACGUAGUUUUGUUUUUUUUCUGUCAUCUUCUGUUUGCGUUGGCCGGCGUGACACCAUAAAUUUCUGUUUUAAGUUGUUGCUUGUCAUGACUAAGGGCCCUUGGCUUCUCCCUCUGUGUGUGUGUGUGUGUGUGUGUGUGUGCGAACAACUGUGCAUACCCGGCAUGCCAGUGGAAGAACAUAACAUCAUGAAGUUUCUGUUUUGGAAAGCACAACUGUCCCAUUUUAACAUUUCUGCCUUAAACAGUGCAUUGCCAGUUUGCUCAUAUUUUGCGAGAAGGCAAGGACGGAGCUCUUCAUUUGGGGCCCCUUCAAAACCUGCCGCUUUCCGAUUUGCCUUCAUCCGUCAUCCUCGCCGUCAGCUUUCCCACGGCUAUUAGAACAUGUCACAUCCUGAUAGAUACUCAAUGGAGCGGAGUGAGCUCGCACACGUCUGAACACGCAUGUGUAAACCGAGGCGAGCGCGUUGCGUCGAUGCUUGCAUGCCAGGCUGUGAUUAAGCGCACCCAGUUGCACAAGUAUCGAAGCGCAGACGCACACAUGAACACACACACACACACACACACGGGGAGAGAUGCAUGCUCAGACCGUUGAUCAAAGGAGCUGUGAUGUAAUCAGUCUCGGGGCUUUGUACGCAUCCCUCAUUAACUUUCACCGGAGGCUUUAAUGAAAAACCACUGGAGGGAAUCUCCGCUUUCUCUCCUUCUUUCCCUCCCUCCUUGUCUCCAUCUCUCCCUCUCAUCUCCUCGCUCACUCCCUGCAGUAUCUGCUCGUCCUCCUCCUCAUUCAUCUUCCGCACUGUGCCUCGCCUCCCUCCUCCCCCAUUCCACAUCUGCCCCAGUGCAGGGCUGGCUUGACUUCCGCUGAGACAGGGUAAAUAUUUCCCAUGGCUUAUCUGACCGCCAGCAGGACGAAUAUGACACAAAGUGCGAGGCUCCACUAAUUAACACACAGCCUCCGUUCCUCAGGUCAGAGGCCUCAGCGGGGACAGUUUGAGCCUUAAGUCUGGCACCUGGAACACACUGGUGUCCUAUUCAUUAUGAUAAGGUAUGACACGUGGUUAUGUGUCUGCAGUCACUGGGGAAGCAGCUAUUACUCUGACACACAUCUUGACUCGAUUUGCUCAUUUUUGGACUUUUCUAGUCAGGUCUCCGAGACAGAGGGGAAAAAAGGAUCGAUUGAAUGAAAAACAGAGGGAGCAAGUUUCUCUCUGUCUCCCUCCCUCUUCUGCAGGCUGGCCGGUGUCCAGGUACAGUUCGGCCCCCUUUGGUCAUGAUGAAGGUGUGACGUGUAAGCCGCUACCCUGUUGCGCAAUCGUCAAGAGGCUCUUGGGGCCUAUAAGACCCCCAGCCUCAUCUGGUUUCUCAGAGACUCCGGUCUGCUUUCUUCACACAUAGACACACAUACACACACAUUCACGCGCACACACAGAGGCAUGAUAUGGUCUGGGAUGCUCAGCUGUGCUAUUUCUCUUAGAGGGGUCGAGGAGCAGUUGUGUAGAGACAUGGACUUCAGCCAAAAGAAGCACUGAAAAACCCACUUGACUGCUUGGACUGGACGUUCGAUCACUCGAGCUGACCUUGGACAACUCAAAGGAGGGGAGUCAGAUUGUUUGACGCAACAGCACAUCCAGUUUCAUAAUGGCGAUCCCAAAUGACCUCUCCCUUUCCAACUCAACCUCCUCCCCCUAUUCAACAAGUCAUCUGAACACGUCUCUGACCCCCCCUGACAUGGCCUGCACAGACUGGACCCCAGUGCCCAUGCACACAGUCAUCCCCGCCAUCUACACCGUCGUCUGCGUCUUUGGAACUAUAGCCAAUGCCCUGGCGGUGUGUGUCUUGGCCCACGCCAGUGCCUCAAGGAGAACUGUAGCAAACACCUUCAUGCUGAACCUGUGUGUGUCCGACCUGCUGUUCCUGCUGUCCCUCCCACUGUGGGCCGUCUAUUACUCCCAGGGGUACAACUGGCCCUUCGGCUGGGUCGCCUGCAAAAUCUGCGGAGCACUCCACAACCUCAACCUUUACGCCUCUAUCUUCUUCAUCACGUGCAUGAGCAUGGACCGCUACCUGGCCAUUGUGCGACCGCUCCGCUCCCAGAGUGCUCGAAACACCAGGCGUGCCCGGCUCACGUGCGUCGUGGUGUGGCUCUUGGCACUCGCCUGCACAGGCCCCAUCUUGUAUCUGAGGGACACUUACCGCUUUGAGGUGCUCGGCGUGGAGGCCUGUGUGAUAAACUAUCCUGAUCACACCUGGUAUAUGACCCUGGUGUGGAUGAAGAUUCUCCUGGGCUUCCUGCUGCCGCUGCUUGUCAUCUCUUGUUGCUACGGCGCCAUUGCUAACCAUUUGAUGGGCGACACGUGGCUGGCGAGAAUGCAGAAUCCGUCACACUUUAACAGUGCGCCCUCUUUUACAUCCCAGGAGAGCUGCGGCAAACCAGAGAGGCCUCCGACCCCGGGCGUGAGCUCCGGCUCCAGUGGAGGCAGACCCCUGGAGGGCAGGGGGCUGGAGCGGGUGUUGUGGACAGUAGCUGCUGUGGUCAUUGCCUUCUUUCUCUGCUGGUUCCCUUUCCACUGCGUGACCUUCCUGGACGUGCUGAGAAGCGAGGGCUGGGUGAACGGCUGCUGGGUAAACUGGACCAUCGAAAACCUCACCCCUCUCACCCUCUGCCUGGGCUUCUCCAGCUCGGCCAUCAACCCCGUGCUCUACUGCUUUAUCGGAAAUCAUUUCCGGGGUCGUCUCGGGGGCCUCUGCAAGGGCCUGUGUUCUCGUUUGAAGACGCGCAGGGAAGAUCACAGCCAAAAGAGGGGCUCCUUCAGCACCCGGCUGAGCUCCUUCUCUCGAAAACUCAGCGACCUGAAGGAUCUGGCGAUCGUGGAGCCCUCUGGUCCUGCCUAGCUGGCCUCCAGAGAGGAGACUUUUCUUUCCCUCCACUGGCUUCACACCCCAAAGAGUCAUAACUACCAACGUCAAAUGACUGCUGAACUCCAAUAAGCACAGAUGUGUGAGACUGACUGAGUCAAAUUCCGGCAGACGUCAAUGCUGCCCUACAAAGACAGGAAAAAAAUCAACAGAUGAAACAGAGAUAAAAAAGAAUUUGAUUUUGGUUUUAGGGUUAGCCAAAAUGUACAAUGGACAGAUACAUUUUAAAUGUAAUGCCUCAAAUGCUGCAACAGGCAGCCUUUUUCAGUGAAAAAGCAGCAAAAGCCCACUGUUUUCUACCUGCUCAGCACCUCACAGCACACAGCUGGUGAGACAGCUAGCAACCAGGCUAAUGAAGCAUUUAGCAGCUGAAGAGGCAGUAAGCUAAAGGAGUGUGAAUAUUGGACCAGGUGGACGCGAACACGUCUCCGAAUUAAUGCUUAUAUUGCUUUGGAAAUGCUGAGUAGUCUUAAGUAGUUGUGUAUCUGCUUGCUAACAAGUUCACCAUAUCUGGAUGAUUUGUCGGUUUAGUGACCACAACUUGCUUCAUCUGUCCCCCAAAAGGCCACACAGUUCCAGUUUUUUUGUAGAUUUUUAAAACUGUGGAGAGUUACAGCUGCUGUGCUAACUAAGCUAGGCUUGUGCCAUUUUAGCAAGACUAGCUUAGCUACCAUUUUUUGUUUUUCUUCAUCAUGGUUUGUUUAAGCUACUGUGUCAUUUAUAUGGAAUGAUACAUUUAUUUACUAAAAAAAAAAGUUACAGGAUCAAGUUCUCAAUGACAGGAAACAGGUAAGACAGGUGAAUAAAUUUGAGGCCACCCAUAGCAAAAAGUAGUUUAUACAAGUGUACUAAAGGUAUCCUUAUUUUAUACUAAAACUGAGGCAGUAUACUUGAAGUGUACUUUUUAUAUACUAUAUUUUAUAUACUUAAGAAAAGUAUAGUGAAGUAUACUUGGCUUAUACUGAAAAGUAUAAAGAAUAGUCUAAGACUAAGUACAGUAAUACUUAGACUUACACUUUAAUACUUAAUAAAAUGAACUUCACGUAUACUACUUUUUGCUAAGGGUAAGGCUAACUGAAUAUCUCACUAGCAAGCUUUAAUUUAAAGGUGCACUUGUAUGAUUUCUAUUCAACAUUCACAAUUUUGCAAAAUUCUAUGUUUUGUCUAAUAUUUUACACUCCUAUGGCAUGAUAAUGUGUUAUAUGGUAGAUAAAGGCCUACUGUAUUUUAGUUUCACAGGGCAGCAAAUAUAUAAUAAUGAAGUACUGAUGCAUAAGGAUAAUUAUCAACUGCAACUUUCACUGUUCUUCUGUGGGACCAACGUAUUCAUCAUGUAAUCACGUGUAACAUUUGUGUUAAAUUUUGCUAAAAAAGGAGAUUUAAAAAAUGCAUUUCUUUGACAUAAUAAGAAAUAAAGUGGUCAAU